UGCAGCGCCCAGGUGUGCUCGCCGCAGCCGCACAGACUUUACCCCCGACCAGUUGGGGAUGUUGAAAGCUGUUUUCGAAACGACCCCCUGUCCUGACUGGGAGAAGAUACAAGAGUUAGCGGCAAAGCUAUGUUUGGAUGAGUGUGUGAUCAAGACCUGGUUUAAAAAUCAGCGCGCCAAGCAAAGAAAACUGCAGCGAAAGGGCCAGCCCUGCCAGCCCGGCGAGUCCCCACCACCACCAGGUUCAGAGCUCAGCGCACCUUCGCAGGAAGAUCACGGCCCUGAGAGCUCCCAGGCGCAUGGCCCCGAGGCUGCCGAAGACCCGCUGCCCGCCGAUCUGCAAAAUAUCCAUCUGGACUCCUCAGCGCCCUGGGCUUCGUUGCCCCAUGACAUCGGGGAGCUGGUGCGCAUGUACGGCUUGUUCGAUGACGACGAGCCCGACGACUAG